AAGGCCAUAUAAAGUGACAGGGAUGCGCAUCCAUCCCUCACUGUCAGCUGCCUCCAGCUCCGAGGGAGGAUAAACAAGGACGACCGGUCGUCUCGUUCUCCAAGCUUCACCUGUCACGAGAGCACAUAGCAUGUCUCCCACAAUAAGUUGUGAACCCGGUGACCCGCGCACAUCCAGAGGCCGCGCCGCGCUCAGCAGGUUCUCCCCGACAGCGCGCAGCCCUGCGGAUGGCGCUGGCGACGCUCCCCAAGACGCCUUUCUUCGGACAACACCGUCCGUGUUCGGCGGCGGGGUGUCCUCCGCCAAACGGCCGAAGCACACAGCCGGACGCGAGCGCUCGGGGCCGCGGGGCCGCCGCCGGGUGAAGGCGAACGACCGGGAGCGCCACCGGAUGCACAACCUGAACUCGGCCCUGGACGCGCUGAGGAGCAUCCUGCCGGCGCUGCCCGACGACGCGAAGCUCACCAAGAUCGAGACGCUGCGCUUUGCCCACAACUACAUCUGGGCGCUGACCGAGACCCUGCGCAUGGCGGACCAACACGGACACCUGGCGGACUACCUGCCGGGGAGCCCGUCGAGCGUCUCGUCCGCGGAGUCCGGUUACUCCGCGGCCUCGGAUGACUUUGACCCCAGAAGCUCUCACUCCUCGGUCCGCGAACUGAACUGUCAAAUCUUCGCAAGAGGAGAAUCUUAUUAUCUCGCCUCUGUGUGUGGUGAAGAUUAUCUCCGAAAUACUUUGCACUAUUGAUCUUCUUUUUACCACAUUGAGCAAACCAUUGGCUACAGAAGAAAGUGCUGCUGCACUUGGACGUCACAGCAGGUGAUUCCCACCAAAAUAUAGGGGAAACUCACCUGCAGUGACGUCACUGAUCGCACUCUAAUUGGCCACAUAUCAGGCAACACGUCCAGGGCAGGGAGUUCUUCUUCCAAGUGAUGUCUCCUUAGAGGUCUCCUUAAAGGGAUGAAGUACUUUUCAAAGUCAGCCAUGAUUAUCCCUUUUGGCAGUUUCUGCUUUAAUGACCAAGUUGCACUCACAUUACUCUCAACUUUAACAUCACAGACAAAUGUAACGAGAAGACAAUGAAGCACAAUCAGGGAUUUGGAAAGAAAAGAGAACUGGUUUAAGCUAAAAAUAUUUAUUUGGCAAUGAUUUUCCCUAAUGUGUUUUUUUAAAGCUAUUUUGCUGCAUACAAGUUGGUCUAUUUAUUUAAUAAAAGUCUAGAAAACGUGUAGUCUGACUUUCCAUUGUUUCCAUGAUUUAAAAAGACUGAUACAUGAUGAACAAGUACAAAGACAAACAUUACCACAACGCAGUGGGUAUCAUGAAAAAAAAAAUAAGGGUAGGAAAAAAAUUUGAUUAUCUCAUGUUAUUUAUCAAUUUUCCUUUUUGUAAAAG